UGCUUGCCAACCUGCUAUAAAAACAAAAGAAGAAGAAGAAGAUCCACACUUCCGGGUGGUGAUGACGUCGCGUCGUGACGUCAUAUUUCAAAAUGGCAGAGCCCGCGGAAAGACCCCCUGGAGUCGACUCCAUUUCCCAAGAAAAGAUGUCAACAGCGCGACCUGUAACAAUUAUAAGGCCGAGGAGGGUUAUUUGAACACACACCAUUCAAUUAUUAUAAAUGAAAGUCACGUUUUUCAACCGCUCCGGUCUCGUCCCAGCGGAAGUGACGCUAGCACGUCAUCAGAAUACAACAGCUUGCUAGCUAACACGCCUCCUAUCAUGUCAGCGCUGUUAUUUGUUCACAUGUCAUUCAUUCCUUCUCAUUUACAUCAACACGACGAGAGAGACAUUCUGCCGCUAGACGAAGGUCACCGAGCAGCGAUGAAGUUUGCAUUUUCGCUAGGUCCAGGGAGCCACGAGGGCGGUGCUAAAGAGACGCGGGUUGCUGACCCCCGGCCUACACCCGAGACUGGCCGCCAGUUCAUCACAGGACACAUGAACAAGCCUUCGCCCUCAAAUCAGAGAAAAACAACAACACCAGAAAUGUGUCCCGUGAAAAACCGUCCGACCAGAACUCUAAUAACUAAAGUUCCUUGGGUGAAUAAUGAAAUGGCAACAGCAGAGGAUGGAUGUCCCAUAACAAGAAGGUGGAGAAAAAGAAGAAGCUUAUCGACUACGGUGUCGGCACGGACUACAAAGGCGGACCUGCACAAAUUUUCAGGUACCAGAAGGCUGCCAUUUUUCCAAUCAACAACUCCUACUUUACCAAGCAGGCAAGGUUACAAGCCCAAUACAAUUUGAAGAGUUAGUCCAGACUGCAGGUGAGACCCUCUUCCUGGAGUGGAAUGACAUGGGCAGCCACGAGGACAUAUUGUGUUGAUGUUGUGCUGCAAUGUCCAAUGCUCACCAGACCAGCUUGCAUCACUGGAGCAGGGUCAGUGGUUUGUAGAAGGUCAUGGAAGCUUCUUCCUGGCUAAAACAGUGUAUGCAACACAUGUGAUUACAUCAUCUUUACAAGUUAUGAAUCAUUUACUUAAGAUAUCUCACUUGUUUUAUAUUCUUAUCACAAAUUAAGAUAUUCUUGCUUGUUUAAUGUAGGACAGCACUGAUUUGAUGCUGCAUUUUGUCCAUCCCAUAGAUCUUGUUGACCCAGUAGGGGGCAGAUCAUGUGUGAGCAUCUUCAGUGCUCUACAGCACCUUCAUUCUGUACAAAUAGACAAAUAUACACAGUUUAUAUCACUGACAUGUGACACUGUAAGGUUAAAUGUGUGUCAACUUGGGGAGUCUUUGGAAGA